UACUAUAUAGACACAGCCGGUAUAUAAAUCAAUAUGUUUACAUUGCGUCGCCUCAGUCAGAGCCUGUAUCCAAAGCAAAUUCAGCAUCUGAAAAUGUCGCAUGUCGGAGAACUGGGCUGCGGUGCCGGCAAGGGUGGAGGCGGCGGCGGCGCCAUACGCGAGGCCGGCGGCUCCUUUGGCAAAAUGGAAGCGGCGCACGAGGAGCAGUUCUUUCACAAGCAGCAAAAGGAACAGCUUAAGAAUCUGAAGAACAAAACCGACAACAAGACGCCCGAUGUGACCGCCAAGAAAUGAUUAAUAGAUGCUCGAAUUUCUAGUUUAUAGUAUUGUUUCAUAAUUUUCUAUGUGGAAAUUAUUCGAAUAAAUUUCGCAUACACUUCCGUAUG